AUGGAACCCUAUGCUGGAAAUGACGAUGAAGUUACCUCCGCCAUUAACAAACGAUAUCCUGAGGAUCAAGCCAGGGGAAACGAAGAUGAUGCUUCGCACAAACGUCAAUGUCGCCGAGCAGAAAACGAACCAUCGCAAACUCCAGAAGACAAGGCAGUUGUUACAGAGGUUACAGAGGUUACGGAUGACGAAGAAUGGGAGUUUGAUACACCACAACCAAGUUGGCUAAAAAGAUUGAUAGAGGGACGUCGUCUGUUAAUCUCAAAAGAUGAUCCAAUAACUACGUAUAAUUCUCUCCUCCGAUCAAUUUGGUGGAAGAUUGUAGACUUGUCGGAUCCUAAACUUGUAGAUCUUCUUUCAGAAUCAGAUCUAUCAGAUCCGAACGCGACGUUUUCAUCUGCUUUAAAGGAUUGGACCGUGUUGGAACCUUCAGCGGAAAAAUGUCUGAACUAUCAACUUCGUACAAUUGGAGAAACCGUAAGAUCGAAGGGAAUACACGGUGCAAUUCUUAGACUCCAAGAAAUGACAAGUAUUAGGAAUCCAAUUAUUUUAGAAGCUGGCGAUCUAUUUUAUGAUGGAUAUAUCGGCGAAGAUACUGAAAUUUCUCACGAAGAGACCUCACUACUUGAUCCUAAUGAUCUUCUGGAUCCAGAUGUCGCGUACAUUUUUGACUUGAUUAGAUAUACGUGCGAGAUGAUCGCGAAAGGAAUCUCCAAUAGAGCAAACUCAGAACGGGACAUUGAUGUCUUUAUUAAACGUCAUAUUUUUUCAUGUUUCGAUGAUAUUUUGGAUAGUCAUUUGUGGUAUCAAGAGCUUCACGAGAUCGUCGAGCAAAUGCCGAGCAAUGCGGAAGGAUAUCACGUCGACUGGAUGUUCACGGACUUAUGUUGGGGUCGUGAAUUUUCAGUUUGCGAACGUGCCGGUUCUAAAGUUGAAAAAAAAACGCAAGAAGGCAAUGGAAUGCUUUCAAAGCCGGUUCUGCAGGCUAUCACAAAACUUCUUAUACCCGCCGAUUUCGACAUACCAACAAAAUACGAGGAGCUAAAGUCAGUUAUUCAGAUAUCCCGUAUAAUGCUUCAAGUCAAGAAAUUACUAUACACUACUAUUACUCGAUUUAUACUUAUUAAAAAAAGAGCUGAGAAGGAAAAACUUGCUCCCGGAAGAAAGUUAGUGCCUGUUAGAAAGAAAGAGCAAAGAACUCCCCCAAAACAGAAG